AGCUAGUAGUAAUGACCGUGAUAUUUAAAUUACCUGUCCAAACGAGAAGAAGAUCAAAGCUUUUCUUUUGAAGUUGCAUUCAGAGAUUCAGAAAGCCAUCGGGUUGACUUGAACCAUCGCAUUGAUUGGGAUAUAUAUAUAUAUAUAUGUGAAUGCACAUGCGAGGUUUAUAUAUCGAAGCGAAUGGAUGAAUGAUAGUGCUCAAUGGUGGAUGAAAUCUGAGUAGAGGAUAGGGAGGAAGGAACAUCGGAGCGAUGCCGGGGUGGAGGAAUCAAUUCCAGGAAAUAGCGAGCUCGAAGCCGCUCUUCCUAACGAUCUACGCCACCGUUGUCGCCGGAAUCGUCUUCUCCUCUUUUUACGUCUUCUCCGCUGUCUACUCCUCCGCCGGACGGGGCGGCGCCGGCUCGGCCCCCUCGUCGUCCGCCACUUCCUGGUGGCUCUCUCCUCCUGCUUCCCAUGUAGAUUCUCCAGCCCAAGAUAGAACUCCUAAUUCUUCUCAAAUAAUGGCAGUGGGUAUGCUAGCUGUGCCUGCACCACAGCCUCGAAGUAAAUCAAUGCCGCCAAUUUGGAAAGCUCCUCCUGGUUCAAAAAUGCCACCUUUAAAGACCUUCCGAUUGACAAAAGAGCUGUUUGGAAAAAGGGCAAAAGAUAAUGUUGUAAUAGUGACCUUUGGUAACUAUGCCUUCAUGGAUUUUAUUCUGACGUGGGUAAAACACUUGACUGAUCUUGGUUUAGACAAUCUUCUCGUUGGUGCAAUGGAUACAAAACUGUUGGAGGCUUUGUACUGGAAAGGCAUUCCAGUUUUUGACAUGGGUAGUCAUAUGAGCACCGGAGAUGUUGGAUGGGGCUCACCAACGUUUCAUAAAAUGGGGAGAGAAAAGGUUAUUCUAAUAGAUACCGUACUACCAUUUGGCUAUGAACUGCUCAUGUGUGAUACAGAUAUGGUCUGGUUAAAGAAUCCCCUUCCAUAUCUUUCCCAUUUUCCUGAAGCAGAUGUGUUGACUUCAACAGAUCAAGUUGUACCAACAGUUGCUGAUGACAGGUUGGACAUCUGGCAACAAGUUGGUGCUGCAUAUAAUAUAGGAAUUUUUCACUGGCGGCCAACAGAUGCUGCAAAGAAAUUGGCAAAAGAAUGGAAAGACAUGCUUCUAGCUGAUGAUGCAAUAUGGGACCAAAAUGGUUUCAAUGACCUUGUACACAGACAGUUGGGACCAUCUGUUGAUCAGGAGAGUGGACUUGUUUAUGCAUACGAUGGAAAUCUCAAGCUGGGGCUUCUGCCAGCAAGUAUAUUUUGCAGUGGGCAUACUUAUUUUGUUCAAGCAAUGUAUCAACAACUCAGAAUGGAGCCGUAUGCUGUGCAUACCACAUUCCAGUAUGCUGGUACAGAAGGAAAGCGGCACCGACUACGUGAAGCUAUGGUUUUCUAUGACCCACCAGAAUAUUUUGACUCCCCAGGUGGUUUCUUGACCUUUAAGCCAUCUAUUCCAAAGAGUUUGUUACUAGAUGGGGAGCAUACUAUUGAAUCACAUUUUUCUCUUGUUAAUUACCAAAUAAAGCAAAUAAGAACAGCUCUUGCAGUUGCUUUUUUGUUAAAUCGUACACUGGUUAUGCCUCCACUAUGGUGCAGGUUGGAUAGGUUAUGGUUUUCACAUCCUGGAAUCCUUGUGGGGUCCAUGACGAGACAACCUUUUCUCUGCCCUUUGGAUCAUGUUUUUGAGGUAAAUGUUAUGUUGAAGCAACUAUCUGAGGAGGAAUUUGGACCUAGGAUCAAUUUUAGAGAAUAUUCUUUCUUUGACAAUCCAUCAGUACCCAGACAGGUUAAGGAAUCAUGGCUUGAUGUUCAACUAUGUCAAGUAGGAUCCCGGAACUGUAAUGUCUCAAACAGUACGACUGCACUGGGAGUCCUCAAAUUUCCCAAGCACAGCAAUGAAGAAACGUUCCAUUCAGUAUUCUCCUCAUUCAAGGAGGUUAAAGUCAUUCAAUUCUCAUCAAUGCAAGACGCCUUCCCAGGAUUCACUGACAAGAUAAGAGAAGGAAAGUUCAGAAAUCGUGUGAAGCGGUAUGUAGGUAUCUGGUGUUGUGUUGAAAAUCACAUUCCCGGCCACAUAUACUAUGACAUGUACUGGGAUGAGAAACCCGGUUGGAAGCCAAUCCCGCCCCAAACUUCUGAAGACGAUCAUCCGCCAUGGUGAGGCCCAACCUUAACUUCCGGUUUGUCGUCACAUAAACACUGAUACAGAUGCACGCAGAAGGAAGAAGAUGUCCAGUGGUCCUCCAUUGCCACACCCACGGGGCAGGCCCCUAUUUAUACCUGUAGGCAAGACUUUGGAACACAAUUUUGGGAGUAGGAGAGGACCUUGUGAUCAUUGUAUACCUGUAGCCAAAGAAUGAAUUUUGGUAAGGUGAGGCAGAAUCAUCAACACGAAGGAGUUGACUUUCUUUACACUUCUUAGUUCAGGUUCCUUUUCUUGGCUGCCGUUGUUGGAAAUUGUAUGUUCCAUUCAGUGGAAGCAAUGAAAUCUCUCUCUCUCUCUCUCUC